GGCCGUCCCCAAGGUGUUUGGUUACAGAAUAAUUGGGGAAAGGGAAAUCCAGAUCUAUUUCAUGGAAUAGGCGUGUUUUGUGUUUGGUUGAAUGAUAAGUGCAGGGAAUCAGUGGAAUAUUAGUCCGUGUGGGGGAUGUCCAGCGCCACGGUAUAAGCUCCAGUCUUUUGAUGUUUGGCAAGAAUUUGGAGAUAUUUCUCUACUGAUUGUCUUAUUCCACGACCUAAUACCCAUCUUAGUACCCGAUUUGAUUACGAAAGGAGGCCUCUCUCCGUUGACAGAGGAUUAACGCGCAGGGUCGGACCGGAUUAUUUCCACCAUUGGACUUGAUCAUAUUUCUCUCUCUCAUCGGAGAUGCGAUCGUGAUCGAACGAGCAGGAGAAGAGGGAUUCGGAUUUGGAUUUGGCGAGAGCGGUGGAAUAGAUAGAGAGAGGAGGAAUAAGGAGGAGGCAUGGAGAUUCAGUGGGCUCUGGUGGUGCACGGGUUGGUGACUCUCCUGGUGGUAGUCUCCUUGCUCUGCGGGCACUGGCCCAUCUUCCAGGACACCUUCAUCGAACGCAUCCAGUACUUCAUCACCUCCGGCGCCUACGACUACUUCCUAAGAUUUGUGGCAGUCAUAUUUGGUUCUAGAGGCAGAAAUUGCUUCCUUGUGGUUGAGCAUUAUUUUUGCGGGCGGCCAAAUCCAAUCUUACAGGCCAAACAUUUCUUUCCACAAGGAAUGAAUCAGCGAGUGAAAAAGACCGAGAGAGAGAGAGGAGGGGAAGAGGUCUUACAGCUGGAGAGCCUCGAGGAACUUGUCGUGCUCCUGUUCGGUCCAGUUCUCCCGAGACUUGGUGAUGGUGUACGGUUUCCGGAUCUUCUUGUUGGGGUCCUCUGGCACGGUGGCGGCGGCAGAGCCGGCGGUGGUCAAGGAGCCCGCGGCCCCCGGGAGCGCCACGCCCACAGGACCGCCGUGCUGCUGGUGGUGUUGACGCGGGCCCAAGAAGAAGCCUCCACCUCCGCAUCCGCCGCCGCCGCCGCCGCAACUGCCACUUGCUCCUCCAUCGCCGCCGUCGUCCGUCGGAAAUCAGAGUUUUCACAACUUUCUUUAGAGAUAUCACGACAUGAGCCAGAUUCUUUUCAUAAUAUGGGUUACAAUUUUGCAAUGAUGCUUUUUUGUGGAGUCAUGAUGACACUGGACAGGCAUUUCCUAAUUUGUUUAUAUGGAGCAGUUGUCCUUGGAUUUAUUCUAGCUGGUGAAUUGAAAGAGCGCAGAGUUAUAUACAUUUUAACAGUUUAUUAUGGUGUUGAAAAUUCUUUCUCCAGUUUAUUUCCAUAUAUAGUCCAGUGGUUGGUGGCCUCUUAUAACACACAAAUACUUCUGAUAAUGUUUUUAGCCAUAGUCUCGUUGCUACUGGCUGGCUUUUUUGGAUAUCAUGCUCAUCUCUGCCUAACGAACACAACGACAAAUGAGACUUUUAAGUGGCAAGACUACAUAAGCUGGAAGAGGAAGCUGAAUGAAGCCAAGUCCAGUGCUGCAGCACUGAAGGCCAGUAUACAUGCAGUGACUGGAGAGAGCAACCCGCCCAAGAGCAAAUGGAGGGCAUUUUUUCGCAGGUCCCCCCUGCAGAAUGAGGAGGUGGUUGUGAAGAAUAAUGUGUACGAUCAAGGAAUAGCAAGUAAUCUUUUUGAAAUUGUAUUUCCUUUAUCAGAGAGGAGGUCAUUUUUCUGUAGGAAGUCAGAGUAAGACUGCAGUCAAAAUUUGCAACUUUCAUUUUUCAAAUGCAAAAUGUAGUAUUUUAAAGCAUAAUAUAUUAAUAUAAUGCAAAUUACUUUUCUUGUUUGUGUUA